AUGGAAGAAUUGGGGUCGAAACGUAUUCGAACAAAAAAGGCCUGUGUUGUUUGCCAUAAGAAAAAACGAAAAUGCAGUGGUACUUUUCCUUGUUUUUACUGUGAAAAAUUUUGCUAUGAAUGUCAAUAUGCUCAGGAUCUAGUGAAAAACAAUACUUCCUAUCAAAAAAGCAACUGGUCAGAGACAGAAAGUAAUUAUAUACAAUCACUAGAGUCAGACAAAUAUAAACAAGAUGGUUACUCUCCACCUGGAUCUGACAAUUCCAAUGAGGUAUGGAGUUCUCGUAAUUAUGAACUCGAUGACCAUGCAAUUCAGGAAAAGAAAAAACGAAGGAUGACUCAAAACACAAAUGCCCUUUGUUUUCCUGCUAUCGUGAGUGAAAAACUUGAAGCGUCUCCGAUUACACGAUAUAAGCCAUUAGCUUGGAAUAUGGGUGCUCGUUUGCCUCAAGUGCCGAGUGAAAAUUCGAAAAUACACACUUUUAUAUCAAAGGAACAAUGCUUUUACUAUGUUUCUAAAUAUUUUCAAGACGUGAAUCCCAUUUUUGAAGUGUUGGAUCAGGUUGCUUUCGAGGAGCAAAUUCAUAAACGUUGGGCUGCGGACAUGACCGCUGAAUUCGGGGUUUUACUCUGCACUGUUGUAGUCCUUGGCUCUUUCUUUUCACAUACCAAUUCCUUGUCGAAUGAACUUCAAUUAAUGCAAUAUGCCGAAGGUAUGCUGAAUAAUAGUGCAUUUUCUAUCAACAGUAUUCCAUCGAUCAGCCAGAUUGUUACUUGGAUUCUACGAAGUGUCUAUUUACGAACUGCCGCUCAUCCACAUAAUGUUUGGCUAGCGUCUUGUGUUUCUAUGCAAUGUAUUGAGAUUUUCUGCCUGUACCAUAAUACUAAUGAGGAAGAAGUGACUUUAUCUGAAUCGGAGCAGCAAAACUACUAUUAUUUUUCUUCAAAAAACAAAAUUUUUUCCAUUGGAUGGGCUUUUAACAGAAUUUUAGCAUCGGAGUAUGGGACAACGCCAAUUAAAUUGUCCCAAAUGAAUAUCAAAGGGGUACAUUUUUCAGAACAAUCUCAAUCUCAUCAACUUGCACGUUUAGCAAGUGUUUUACCAGAAAGUGACGAACUGACAAAGGAACCCCAAAUGGCAUACUUUGCAGCAAUCCAGAGGAUAUCACAGCUUUCCAAGCUACAACCAAUUCAAUUGACACUUAUAAGGGCAACCGUUUGUUUUCAUUUAUAUCGAAGCCUUUAUUUAACAAACUCUCACCCUGAUGAAACGAUAGUUGUUAUAAUAGUAAAAAUGACUGAUGAAGCACUAGAUAAGUGUCUCGCUUUAUGCCAAAAGAGACUAGCAUGGUGGAGUGUAUUAGAUAUUCCAUUUCAUGGUAUUUGUGUUCUUUUGUCAAUUGACACCAAGGAAAGCUUGCAGCUAAUUCCAAAGGCAUUCAAAGUGUUGAAUACUGCUAUAGACACAUUCAAUACCCCUGCUUCUAGAGACGCUUUUCAGGUCGUCUCAGCAUUAUGUGAUGCAUUAAGGGAUAGGAAAAUAAACGAAGCAAAACUAUUAGAUUAUAGACAACCGCUGAAAAAACAAAACGAAACUGAUUUCGACAACUUUAAUUUGCACGGAUCUUCUGAAUUGGUUUUGGGAGACCCUUUUUUUGAUUUAUUUAAUUUAGGUGAUACGGAUAUUAGAUUUUAA